CAGCAGCAGACACUCAUUGGCCGGAAGUCCAUUUUUGUCGAUCAGACUACUUUGCUCCGUGGCGUUGUUUAGCAUCAGUUUUGAUAUUACCUCAUUUUAUUAUUUGCAGUGAGAACUGGCCGUAUCUGGGUAAUGAAUACAUUUUAGAUGCGAGAAAUGAAAAUGGAUUCCACUCACAAUGUAACUCCUCCAAGAUAAAACAUUGUGAACAUCAGCUAAGGCACACCUGAGGUGUUCUUGACAUCUGGAUAACAUGAAUGAACAAAAUAGCAUUUGUAAUAGGUGUACUGAAGCAUCCACCUCGAGUUAAUACUGUAGCUUAUUAUUUUAGGGGAACUUCUUAUUGACAUUGUUCAAAAAAAUGCAUUGGACCUCACUCAUUCCGUCUUGAGGUAGAUUCACCUGACGUGAAUGUGAAUGCAGACUUGUCACCAGUGGACUGCAUGUUAGCGCCAUGCCAAGGCGAAGCUUGCCCCUGCAGGGCCGAAUGCGCUGGCUGCUCCUCGGGCUCUUCUUGCUGCUUGUCCUCCUCCUCUUUGCCUACCUGCUGGAGUGCACGCCCCCAGCGGACGUCAGCCUGGUCCUGCCUGGACUCGGAGGCGAAACCUACGGGAAGGAGUACUACCAGGCCCUGCUGCAGGAACAGGAGGAGCGCCAUGUCAGUCGCACUGCCAGCCUCAAGCGGCAGAUUGCUCAGCUCAAGCAGGAGCUCCAGGAGAUGAGCGAGAAGCUCAGGGCCCUGCAGGACAGGAAGGAAACGGCUGGGGUCCAGGGGCCUGUUGAUACCAAAGACACUGAGCCCGGGGACCUUUUGGAGUUCCUCCACUCCCAGAUCGACAAGGCAGAGGUGAACACAGGGGCGCGGCUGCCCAGCGAGUACGCCCUUGUUCCCUUUGAGAGCUUCACUUCCAGUAAGGUGUACCAGCUGGAGAUGGGGCUGACCAGGCACCCAGAGGAGAAACCGGUGAGAAAGGAUCGCAGGGACGAGCUGGUGGAGGUCAUCGAAGCAGCCCUGGAUAUCAUCAAUAACCCAGACGAGGAGGAUGGCCUGGAGGAUGACGUGCCUAUGCAGAGACAGACCUACACUGAGACCCAUUUUACUGAGGGGCUGUAUAGAACCGAACGGGACAAGGGUACACUCUAUGAACUCUUCUUCGCAAAGGAGGAUUCAGAAAACUUCCGCCAUGUCACUCUCUUCCGUCCAUUCGGCCCUUUAAUGAAAGUCCGGAGCACUUCUGUAGAAACGUCAGGAGUCAUCAUCAAUAUCAUUGUGCCAUUGGCGGGAAGGACCGAGGCCUUUUCACAGUUUCUGCACAACUUCAGGGAAGUUUGCAUAGAACACGAUAGGCGGGUGCAUCUUACAGUGGUCUACUUUGGACAGGAUGGCUUACUAGAGGUGAAGUCUUAUUUGGAAAAAAUUUCCAGAGAGGAGAGCUUUUCCAACUACACCCUCAUCCCAGUGGAUGAGGAGUUUUCCCGGGGGAGGGGUCUGGACAUCGGAGCCCAAGCCUGGAAGAAAGGCGACGUGUUGAUGUUUUUCUGUGAUGUUGAUAUAUACUUCACGCUGGAUUAUCUCAAUACCUGCCGCCUUCACACCGCUCCAAACAAGCGAGUGUUUUAUCCAGUGGUUUUCAGUUUGUAUAAUCCUGCCAUCGUCUAUGGGAAUCUGGAGCUGGCUCCGCCCAUUGAAACUCAACUUAUACACAAAAAAGAUGCUGGCUUCUGGAGAGAUUUUGGCUUUGGAAUGACAUGUCAGUACCGUUCGGACUUCCUCAACAUAGGAGGAUUUGACUUGGAAGUGAAAGGAUGGGGUGUGGAAGACGUCCACCUGUACCGGAAAUACUUGCGAAGCGACUUGAUUGUGACCCGUACGCCAGUAUCCAGCCUCUUCCACCUGUGGCACGAGAAGCAGUGUGCAGAUGAGCUGACUCCAGAACAGUACCGCAUGUGCAUCCAGUCCAAGGCCAUGAAUGAGGCCUCCCAUUCACACCUUGGCAUGCUGGUAUUCCGCGAGGAAAUCGAGAAUCACCUCCGCAAGCAGGCCUUUAAAAUCCAGGACAAAACUGAAGACUGAAUGCCUUUUCGUUUAGUCACCACUUGGGUACUUGCUGGAUCAGAACUACUGUUUUAUUUUUAAUUUUUUUUUCAUUUAAGAAAAUUCUGAGUGGAGACAAACUCAUGUCUUUGCUAACAUGAUUAAAAUGCACUAUACCUAGA